AUGUUCACAUUAGUUUGAUCAUGGAAUGGAUUGAGGUUGGCCGUUGGAAUACAUGAUUAUGAUGAAAUAAUGUGGCUAGCCUGAAUUAGAAUUAGUAUGCACAAAUACGGAUAUCUUAUCAUCAUUAGGAGAACAAGAUUACGGUUCUGAAAACGACAUUUGAAGCGAUUCGUUUUAAUCAUUCAGUAGGCCUAGAUAUACAAUGUCGAGCUCUUGAAGCUGCCAACUUGAAACUGAAAGUUUGGAUACAAAGAACAUUCGAACUUUGAGAGUAAGAUGAUUAGACCUGCUAUAAAUGGAUAACUGCAAGCAUUUGUCGGUCAUUAAGAAGUGGAGUCAUUCAAUACUAAAUCCCCAGAAGUGGAUGUGUUAUGCCUGUGGAACUACAGAGAGUGUUUGGGCUUGCCUCAGUUGUCCAAGUGUAGCAUGUGGAAGGUUCAAUGAAGAACAUGCUCUCAAACACUUCAAAGAAACUCAGCAUCCCCUGUGUCUUGAAGUCAACAACAAAUAUGUCUAUUGCUAUCAGUGUGAUGACUACGUCCUCAAUGACAAUGUGUCUGGAGAUCUGAAAAUCCUCAGGAGUGCACUGAGUGCUAUAGCCACCCAGUCAUUUACAGAUGUGGAGUCCCGGGGAAGAAAGCUACUCAGGUCCUACUCUCACACUGCUGUGGUGUCUCCUUCAACAUCAAAUGAAGAUGACAAGUCAGUGACAGCAGAUUUUCACAGAAAACAGGUGUUGUUGAGAAAGACAUUUGGAGCAUGGAGACAGUUCAUAAAACAGGAGAGAGAUGUUGAUAGACAGGUGACACCCGAGAAAAGAAAAGUCGAGAUGUCUGUGGAAUGGAGUCCCUUCAUAAAGCGGAGGACUCUGAUCCCAGGACUCACAGGCCUCCGUAACCUUGGCAACACUUGUUACAUGAACUCUAUUCUUCAAGUAUUAAGCCACUUGAAGGAGUUCCGAGACUUUUUCCGACAACAGAUCCAGCCCAGUCCCAGUAGAGUUACCUCCCCUGAAAGUAGUCCACACUCCCUCAUAGGUAGAAAAUCAGCUACUCCAGUGACCAUCUCUCCAAGACCCCCUCACAGUUUUUACUCCAAAUCAACAGCAAUGCUAAGUCGACAAACUACCAUGGAAUGUUUUGAGCAUUUAAUGACUCCAGAAAAAACUCCAAUGACCCCAAUCAAAGAGAGGCCAGGAGGGUUACAUGGAGGGUCACAAAUGGUCACACCCAUCAAGGGGAAACUACUCUCAUCGAUUGGGGAGAAGAAAAUACCUUUCAAUAACAUCUCGCUUUGUCAAGAACUGAAUGGUCUUUUCCGAGUGCUGUGGUCAGGGAGAUGGGCACAGGUCAGUCCGCAUGGCUUCCUGCAGGCAGUGUGGCAGAGAAUACCCACAUUUAAAGGGCAUGCCCAGCAGGAUGCACAGGAAUUUGUAUGUGAAUUGUUAGAUAAAGUCCAGGAUGAAUUGAGUGACCUUGACCUGUUUGAUCUUGUAUCGGAUAUCUUCCAAGGUCAGCUAGUUAGCCAGGUGAGGUGCCUUGCCUGUGGAAAUGUCUCAGAAACGAAGGAAUCAUUCAUGGAUUUGUCUUUGGAAUUUCCUGACCGAUACCAGUUCACAAGUCUCAAUGCAAGGAUAGCUCAGGACAUCUGUCACAUUACAGAAAUGUUAUACAAAUUUACGGAAGAAGAAACUUUGGAAGGAAAGAUUUACCUGUGUGCAAAAUGUAAUGCUCGCAGGACAAGGAGGACUUCAAACCCAGUCCAUACUGAGGCCCACAAAAGACUGUUGUUGAAAAAACUCCCAAAUGUGCUGAGAUUGCAUUUAAAAAGGUUCAGGUGGUCAGGCAGGAACCACCGAGAAAAGAUCUCUACACAGGUGGCCUUCGAUGAUAUCCUAGACAUUGAGCCUUUCUGUGAUAAGUCGGAGGUGGAGAAGGGGGAGAGCUACGUAUAUAACCUGUUGGGGGUCAUCAUCCACCAUGGACGGGGAUUUGGAAGUGGUCAUUACACAGCCUACUGCUGGAAUACAGAAGCUAAUUCUUGGAUCAACUGCAAUGACUCAAAAGUAAAACUAUGUUCCAAAGAAGAAGUUCUAUUAAGCCAGGGAUACAUUCUUGUUUAUACCAAAAAUGUUGUUGGACAGUUGUCUCCUCUUGUUAAUUCGGACUCCAGUGUUGACUCGGAGAGUUCCAUAAAUGUUACGGACUCUUUAAUUGAGAAUUUAUCUCAGCAAGUUGAUGAAGACAUUACUUUUAAUUUCAAAACACCCACUGCUGAUGAAGUGACGUUGAAAUCCAGAAAGCGAAUCCAUGAGUCACACUUCCUCCAGCCAGAACACAGAAUCAUUAAGAGACGAAGAUCUACUUUGUGGUAGCAACAAAAGGGGUUGUAGAUCUGAUUUAUGAGUACGUUUGGAAGAAGACUGCAGAACCUCUAUUUUGUUUCUUAAGGCAGCAGAGUAUGAAUUACAUGUACCUUGUUAUAUGAGCAUCCAAUUAGGGUAAAUUCAUGUUCAUAUUGCAUGAAGGACUACAAUGAACAACCAAAGAUGUACUAUAUAUGUAUAUGUAAGCACUGUCAAUUCCAGCCUUAGCUAUUUUUGUCUAUUUACUGAACUGAAAAUUCCAAAUGUGUGCAAGGUAUAGGACUACUGAUCAGGAAAUACAAGGAAAGUGUGUUCUUUUCGGAGAACACACAAAUUUAAGAAAUUUGUUUCUUAUCCUUUGUAUGGCUCUUGUUUGCAAUACACCCCUUAGCUGAAUUUUACCUCAAACUUCUGAAUCCCCAUCGAUUUUAAUCUUGGGCAUACGUUUGAACUUUCCAAGUCUCAUGUUUUAUUGGAAGUGUCAUUUUUAUGUUUCAUACAAAUUGAUUUCUUUAUAAAAUAUUGGCAUAAUCAUAAUAAUUGUCUGUGUUUGUGUACAGCUAUUGUUUUUUUUAUUUGUAUGUUUUAUAAUUAUGUAGUAAGAACGAAGAAAUGCACCUUUUACAUAUCACACUCCAUUUCAUUCCUCAACUACAAUGUAAUAUCAGCUGGAGGGCUGACAUUGUUAUGGAAAAGGGUAUGCAUCAAUUGCUGUUGUAAUAUAGUAUAAACAGAGUGCUUGUAUUUUUAUGUACAUGUAUGUAAGCAAUGCCAAAGCUGACAGAGAGUUUAAAAUAUAUUUGUAACAAGCACUUGGUUUAGAAUAUCAUAAUGAUAUCAUACAUGUAUAUUGGUGUCGCUUAAGGGCACUUCAUGCAGGGCAUUACAAUGUAUUUGUUGGAAACACAAGAAAGCUUUUCUUUCUUUCUUUUCUUUUUUUUUUUUUUUAUUUCAGUAUGCUCCUCAUUUUGAACCCAAUAUAUUUAGAAGAGAAUUCAUUGAAAUUUGUAAUUGCGUAUGUAUUAUAUUAGAUAACUUUGAUAUUCUAUUUUUGUUAUUAUUUUUUUCUUAUGAUUUUGUAGUUUUCAUGUCUUACUUUAUCUUCGUCAUAAAAAGAUCAUAAGUAGAAGCACAUGCAGAACAUCUCAGGGACUUCAUUAAAAAAAUUCUAUUCCUAUUCCAGUAUUCCUAUACAUCCAUAUGUAACCAGAGUUACUUAAAGUAUUCAAUAUUUGAUCAUUCUGGUUAUACCUCUCAUUCAUUUUCAUUUGUAACUUUAAGAAAAAUAAAUCAUUGUAAAUAUAAA